CAAUAUAUGUACUCGCACAUAUUAUUUUUAUAGCUUACCUGAGAUACAUAAAUACGACGGAAUUUCUCAGGGCGUUGUGAUUCGCAAGAGUCUCGUAUAUAUGGGGGAUAUCGAAAGUUACAACGGAGGCGCCGUUGUCGCCAUGGUAGGCAACGGUUGCGUAGCCAUCGCAUGUGAUAAACGUCUGGGUAUGAAUGGACAGCACACAAUAAGCUCGAACUUUCCCAAGGCCUUUAAAGUUACAGAUACAGCAUAUUUCGCGGCUUGUGGCUUAGCUACUGAUAUUCAAACUAUGAAAUCGGAAAUCGAGUUUAAAACUAACAUGUAUGCUCUGAGAUGUGAGAAAAAUAUGGGAGUUAAAACAUUAGCUCAUAUGGUCGGCUCUUUGCUAUAUUCUCGCCGUUUCGGGCCUUGGUUCGUCUCUUCGGUUGUUGCGGGACUUGAUAAGGACACGCCACAUAUAUAUUGUUUUGAUCUGAUUGGCGCACCGUGCAAUGCAAAAGACUUUGUGGUAGUCGGAACUUGCUCAGAACAGCUAUAUGGUAUAUGCGAGUCGUUAUAUCGCCCCAAUAUGGAGCCAUCUGAGCUUUUUGAGACAAUUUCUCAGUGUCUCAUGGCCGCUAUUGAUCGAGAUUGUCUUUCAGGUUGGGGUGCUGAGGUUCAUAUGAUAACACCGGAGAAGAUAACAGUCUCUACUUUGAAAACCAGAAUGGAUUGAUGACAUUAAACGAAUCAUGUACUUUUGGAAUUCAACCACU